AUGAUCUAUCUAUCUAUCUAUCUAUCUAUCUAUCUAUCUAUCUAUCUAUCUAGUAUGUUUAUAUCUAUCUAUCUUACUAUGUUUAUCUAUUUUAGUAUGUUCAUCUCUCUGUGUCUAAUCUGUCCAUUCACCCUCUCUCUAUCUUGCUAUCUAUAUCAACCUCUUCAUCUCUUCCUUUACUUUUUCUUUCUUCACUUUCCUCUUUUUUUUUUCUUUCCCUUUCUGUCUUUUGCUCUUUCAUUAUUCAGGCGUCUUUCUUUAUACAUUCAACCAUCAAUGCUUAGUAACAAAGACUCUCUUGUGCGCAUGAUCUAUCUAUCUAUCUAUCUAUCUAUCUAUCUAUCUAUCUAUCUAUCUAUCUAUCUAGUAUGUUUAUAUCCAUCUAUCUAUCUUAGUAUGUUUAUCUAUUUUAGUAUGUUCAUCUCUGUGUGUCUAAUUUGUCCAUUCACCCUCUUGCUAUCUAUAUCAACAUCUUCAUAUCUUCCUGUCUGUUCAUAUCUAUCUAUCUAUCUAUGUAUCUAUGUAUCUAUCUAUCUAUCUAUCUAUCUAUCUAUCUAUCUAUCUAUCUAUCUCCGUGUGUUUAUCUAUCUAUCUAUCUAUCUAUCUAUCUAUCUACCUUAG